AUGGUAUACAACGCGUUAAUCCGCACCCACCACAUUACCUCGCGAAAGAAAGUAUCCGCGCUGAAACAGGCAGCUCACAAUCUCAACUGUUUCGUCCUGUUGCGCUCCGGCGGUUGUCCCGGUAUCAUGUACGUCGAAGCACAAGAGAAAGAUGCUGUUGAAUCCUGGGUCAAUACUGUCCGGGGUUUACGGUAUAAGGAUUUUCAGCUCGUGAAUCGGCCUGCGGCGGCCAUGGUGGAGGGGGUAGAUGACAAGGGGGGCAGUGCUCCGAAUAAUGGUGGGCAAAAGGGUAACGCGGAGGGCCAGAUUAAGGCCGGGCUGGCGGAAAUUGAUACCGUGAAGGAGUUCGGAAGUGUGAUGGAACAACGAGGGGUUUGGAUGUGGUGGAGGAAGGGGAUGGGGUAUGUGAGCUGA